AUGGCUAGGCUGAGCAGGAUGUCACAGGUACCAGGGGGAGCAGAGUUUGUUGAAGGGUGGAACAUCAUACAGACUCUAGGUGAAGGAGCAUUUGGAGAUGUGAAGCUCUUGAUUAGCAGCGAUGGGGAGACAGUGGCAAUGAAGACAGUAGAUCUCAUGAAGCACCCAGAAGCUGUGGACAAUGUGAGGAAAGAGAUCUGUACACAUCGCAUGCUCGUCCAUCCAAAUGUGAUCAAGUUCUUAGGGCAGAGAAAGGAAAACUUCAUCCAGUACAUAUUCCUGGAGUAUGCUUCAGGAGGAGAGUUGUUUGAUAGAAUAGAACCUGAUGUUGGGAUGGAGCCUGUCCAAGCCCAAAAGUACUUUCUGCAAUUACUCUCUGGAGUGGAGUAUUUGCAUGGUCAUGGUGUUGCUCAUCGAGAUCUGAAGCCAGAAAACCUACUCCUUGAUGAAUCUGAUAAUCUGAAAAUCUCAGACUUUGGGAUGGCCACAAUCUUUCGGCAUAAAGGACAGGAGAGAACGCUGGAGAAGAGAUGUGGAACUCUGCCAUAUGUUGCUCCUGAAGUCUUGCAGAAGCCUUAUCAUGCUGAGCCUGCAGAUGUGUGGUCUUGUGGUAUCAUCCUUGUGGCCAUGCUUGCUGGAGAGUUGCCAUGGGACUAUCCAGGAGUAGAUUGCCAAGAAUACCUUGACUGGAAGGAAUCCCACAAGUCCCUUAUGAACCAGAGGCCAUGGAGCAAAUUUGACCCAAUUGUCUUCUCCCUGUUCAGGAAGAUCCUCCAGCCAUUGCCUUCUCGCCGUUACAAGAUUUGUCAGAUUAAGGAGCAUCCAUGGAUGAAAAAGGCAAAACUGAGAACAUUAGGUGGCGGAUCAAGUGAAUCAUCUCAGUGGCCAUUCCUCCACUCUGAGGCAUCACCACCAAAACGUCUCAUGUCAGAAGGGGACUUUGCUGGUUCAGGAAGUCCCAUGAAUGGUGCCAUGUCUCGGCUUGCAUCAUCUCAACCGGAUCCAGCUGUGGUUCAUACCAGAAGUCCUGUGAAGCUGUGCAAGAACCAGGCUCCAGUCUUCUCUUUCUCCCAGCCUGCCCAACCAGAUGAUAUGAUCCUCAGCACUCAGAUGAAUGCCACUCAGAUGACUUGCAGCCAGAACGGGUUCCAGAAAUUGGUGAAGCGGAUGACAAGAUUCUUUGUCAGCACUGACAUGGCUGAGACCCUGAAGAGACUAGAUGCAGCUGCUGAAGCUCUGGCUUAUCGGUCUAAAGUUUCCUCACCUGGCAUUGUACGUCUCUCUCCCUCUCCAUCUCUCAUCCAUGUGACACUGUCAACAAUGGAUCGUCGAAAGAUGCCCCUGGCUUUCAAAGCAACCUUGAUGGAACUGGAGGGUCAGAUCUUGGUGGAUCUCCGCCUAUCACGUGGAGAUGGACUUGAGUUCAAGCGGCAUUUCUUAUCCCUGAAGAAGCAGCUGGCUGACAUCGUUGUAAAGGGACUUGUCACAUGGCCUCUUGCAGCUGCUACCAACACGCUUCCAUGAAUGAACUCUCUACCUGCUGAUGGUGAACCAGUGAGAGAAGACUAGGACUGGAGUUAUUUUAUGCUUUUUAUUUCCCAUGGCCAAUGAGUAUUCAUACCAGGGACAUUAUGUGAUCUGAACCCAGAU